GAAGCCAGAUUGCCGUCUAAUCAUAUCCUUCCUUGCAAAACUUUUUGUUUCUCCUGUCUUUGGAUACAAAUCACAUGGUUUUGAUUCUAGUGGAUGGUGUGUGAACUGGGUGCAAGAACAUUUUAGCAGUUUUGUGGAAUCUACGAGUGGGCAUAAAGAGCUCUAUUUCCUUUCCCCUUGAACACAGACUCCUCUAUGAAGUUAUAUUUAUAACAUCUAUGAAUAUAUGGAUGCAUUACUGAUAAUGCUGCUAUUUUUAUAGGAUCAUGGGAGAGAGAUAAAGGUCAUGUAUGUUGAGCUGGUUGCUAAUCAAUUCCUACGCCAGGUUCUCACUCUUCAACCUCUCGAAGUCAAUUCCUACGCCAAGUUUCUAUGCAUGAUGAUGAAUCUUAUGGUAACCUUAACUUGCAAAGAAGUCUUUUUGAUUCCUGGAAAUAAUAGAAUGAAUCCAUGAGUUUACGUUUUGAAUUUCUAUACUGUUUAUAGUUUAGAUUUCAGCUUCCAAAUCUACUUAUUUGUUGACUAUGACACAAACCCAUUAAGGUUUCUUUUCAAGGUGGCUAUUUCCCCCCUAUCCCAAACUUCAUAUUUUCCUCAUGCUUUGAAAAUCUGCUAGAUUUGGAUUUUGUAUGCUGUGUUUAACUAUUUCUAACUUCCAUUUUUGUUGUGGUUGACUUUACCUGAGAGAUGGUUCGGGUUCUUGUGGCCACCUCAGUAAGGGAAAGCAACUGCAGGGGCACAAGAGGAUGCACUGCUAAAGCUGAUGGAUGCUACAUGUAGACGUGCCACUGCUCCGCCGGCACCCCCAGAUGGCCUAUGUCUUGUUGAUGUAGGAUAUACUGAGUUUGAUCCACAAAACUGCCUCAUUCCCGAGAGCAUAUCUUAUGUCAAAUUCACACAAUUGUUGCUUUUAGCCUCCUCCUUAGCGGACGUGUCAUGCACAUAUGAGCUUUAGGACUACUGGGAUUUUGAGUGAUCCUACAUGAAAAACUCUGUUUCCAAUGACUAUAAGAACGAAAAAGAGAAAAGAAAUUUAUACUAUUGUUUGCAUAGUUGGUAAUGUCAUUACUUUGUUUAUUCGUAUAACACACACACUUCUAUAAGCAGGUAUCGUUUUUCUGUUCAAAAUGCCAAAUAGAUGAGAGAAAACAGGGUGAUUUUAUACUUGGUGUAGGUGCUGGUUUUGUGAGCUAUAUCAGCUAAUUCUAGAACUAAAAGAAAAGAAAAAUGAAACUAAAACUAAUUGUCUCCUGCAGGAAUUGCAGCUUAAUUCUUCGGAGCAGCCAUUUUGUAAGGGGGGAGGCUUGGAUUUCGGAGGAAGAUAAUUGGAAAAAUGUGUUAUCACACAAGGAGUGAAAAGCUGAACACAGAAAUAGGCAAAGAAAGGGCUUAGCUUUGAAUCCAAUUCAAGGGAAGACCGGAGAUCUCUGAUCUAAAUCUACACCUCACUCAUGCAUUCUAACAAAGAGAUUUGACUUUGUCAGAACUUUAUGCACAACCCUUCUUUCAUUUGCUUUUUGAAGACAGCCUAUACUAACCUCUCCUAUUCUUAGCAAACCAAUUGUCUCUUCCUCUCUGUCUCUCUCCUCUCUUUCUUCCUAUGCCAUCAAAACUUCACCACCUUCCCAAGCUUCCUCUCCACCCCCUCCCACCCCAACAUUAUAGUCCUCUGUUGAAGCCAUUCUUGACUGCAAAGGGCGCGCAUGCCCCUCCACCAGUGCGCGUCCCACCACACUGUAGCAUCAUGGCUUUUAAAGAUAAACCCUCAUUUGUUCUUGUCUUUCUACUUGUAUCCCUCCAUUUUGUUGCCUCUUUGGGACUGACAGACUCAGAAAUCCUCCUUAAGUUCAAAGGUUCUUUAUCGAACGCAUCUGCAUUGUCUGAUUGGAGUGACAAGACCACACCAUGCACAAAAAAUAAUGCAACAAAUUGGGCUGGUGUAAUUUGUGUUGACGGGAUCGUUUGGGGUUUACAACUUGAAAAUAUGGGGCUGGCUGGCAAGAUUGACAUGGAAACUCUACAGGCUUUGCCAGAUUUGAAAACACUCAGCAUCAUGAACAAUAACUUCGAUGGUCCCAUGCCAGAGUUCAAGAAAAUUGUUUCAUUGAGAGCGGUUUAUUUGUCCAACAACCAUUUCUCAGGGGUGAUCCCACUGGAUGCUUUUGAUGGCUUGUUGAAACUGAAGAAAGUGUAUUUAGCACAAAAUGAGUUUACUGGUGCCAUUCCUUCAUCUUUGACUGCCCUGCCCAAGCUUUUGGAUUUGAGGCUUGAAGGCAACCAAUUUACUGGGCAGCUACCAGAUUUGACUCAGAAUCUUCUUUCAUUCAGUGUGUCAAACAAUGCAUUGGAGGGGCCAAUCCCCGCAGGUCUCAGUAAGAUGGACUCGAGCUCCUUUUCAGGCAACAAAGGUCUAUGUGGACCGCCGUUAAAGGAAUGUAAUACCAUCAACAGCAACUCUGACUCCAAGAAACCACCUGUGCUACUAAUCGUGAUCAUUGCUGCAGUUGUGGGAUUACUACUGGGUGCCAUUGUUGCAGCAUUCUUGUUCCUUCGUCGUCAACGCCAAAGACAACCAUCAGCCUCAUUAGAAGCACCACCACCACCAAUACCGUCAAACCUCAAAAAGAAAACGGGUUUCAAGGAAGAAAACCAAAGCCCAUCAAGCUCACCAGACCACUCGGUAGGUAGCAAGAAAGGGGAACCUCCAAAGCUGUCCUUCGUGAGGGAUGAUAGGGAGAAGUUUGAUUUGCCAGACUUGUUAAAGGCCUCGGCUGAGAUAUUAGGAAGCGGUUGCUUCGGGUCCUCUUACAAAGCAGCGCUUAACUCUGGGACGAUGAUGGUGGUUAAGAGGUUUAAGCAGAUGAAUAAUGUCGGGAAAGAAGAGUUUCAAGAGCAUAUGAGGAGGUUAGGGAGAUUGAAGCACUCUAACUUACUUCCUCUUGUGGCUUACUAUUAUAGGAAGGAAGAGAAGCUCUUGAUUACCGACUUUGUUGAGAAAGGCAGCCUAGCUGUUCAUCUUCACGGUCAUCAAGCUCUAGGUCAACCAAGCCUUGAUUGGCCAAGCAGAUUGAAGAUUGUCAAAGGAGUAGUAAGGGGUCUUGCAUACCUCUAUAAAGACCUUCCGAACAUAAUUGCUGCCCACGGCCACCUUAAAUCUUCCAAUGUUCUUCUCACUCAAUCCAACGAGCCCUUGCUCACCGACUAUGGACUAGUUCCUGUGAUCAACCAAGAGAAUGCUCAAGAGCUCAUGGUAGCCUAUAAGUCCCCUGAAUACUUGCAUCACGGCCGGAUUACCAAGAAGACCGAUGUAUGGAGUCUAGGGAUAUUGAUACUUGAGAUCUUAUCAGCAAAGUUGCCAGCAAAUUUCGUACCGCAAGGCAAGGGAAGCGAGGAGGAAGAUUUGGCAAAUUGGGUCAAUUCUGUUCCUCAUGAAGAGUGGACUAAUGUGGUGAUUGAUAAGGAUAUGACCAACGGGCCAACAAAGCAAAAUGGUGGUGGUGAAAGUGAGGUGAUCAAGCUAUUGAAGAUUGGUUUGAGUUGUUGUGAAGCGGAUGUGGAGAAGAGGAUAGACUUGAAGGAAGCUGUUGAGAGGAUUGAAGAAAUAAAAGAGAGAGAUAGUGAUGAUGAUUUUUUCUCCUCAUAUGCUAGUGAAGGAGACAUGAGAUCUUCAAUAGGAAAGUCUGAUGACAUCACAUUCUCUUAAAUAUUUCUAGUAUGCUUGAGUUAAAAACUGGAUUUCUAAUCUAUUAGAGGGGGGAGGGGGUCAGAAAUAUACAUAUUUUUUUUUUUUGGAGUUGAAUGAAGAGCUAUGGGAACGAUAAUGUAGUUCUUGUGGAUGUAAAUGCAGGAUGGAAGUUGGAGUGAAAGUGGGAUUGCCAAUGCGCUUUUUUUUUUCUUUUUUCUUUUUCAUUUUCAUGUUUUCAUUUUUCCCUUCCUGCUAGCAAUGUCUUCAACUUGCAUGCCUCCCUCUCUACAUUACUAUCAUGGAAAUAAAUAAAAAUAUUACUAUAAUUUCCAUAUUAAAA